GAGGCCACUCAGCACAGAGGAAGAAGAGACAGGAGAGCUGAGAGGACAGGACAGAAGUGCUCCUGAGCGUUUCUGGAGCAGAAGCUCUUCUCAGAGGGAGGGACAGAGCCAGCAGCAGGCAUCAUGGAGCCCCCCUUGGCCCCUCUCCGAGGAGGACUCUUCCCCUGGCAGGAGCUCCUGCUGGCAGUCUCACUCUUAACCUUCUGGAACCCGCCCACCACUGCCCAACUCACUGUGGAAUCAGUGCCGCCCAAUGCUGCCGAAGGGAAGGACGUUCUUCUGCGAGUCCACAGUCUGCCUGGGGAUCUUCUAGGCNCUCUAGGCUAUUACUGGUUCAGGGGGAACACGGUAGCGCCCAGCCGUCAAAUUGUAUCAUAUGCAGUAAACACAAAAGUAGCUACCCCAGGGCCUGCACACACCGGCAGAGAGACAAUAUACCCCAAUGGAUCCCUGCUGUUCCAGAACAUUACCCUGAGGGACACAGGAUACUACACCCUACUAAUCGUGAGGAGAAAUGGUCAAGUUGAAGAAGUAACUGGACAAAUCCGCAUAUUCUUGGAUUUACCCAAACCCAACAUCACAAGCAACAACUCUGACCCCGUGGAGAAUGAGGAUUCUGUAGUAUUAACGUGUGAACCUCAGACUCGGAGUACAAGCUUCCUGUGGUCAGUAAACAGGAAGAGCCUCCCGGCCAGCACCAGGCUGGAGCUGUCCCUGGACAACAGGACUCUCACUAUACACCAUGUCACAAGAAAUGACACAGGACCCUAUGAGUGUGAGACCCGGAACCCAGUGAGUGCCGGUCGUAGUGACCCAUUCACCCUGAAUGUUCUCUAUGGCCCGGACGCCCCCACCAUUUUCCCCUCAGACUCCUAUUACCGUCCAGGGGCCAGCCUCAGGCUCUCCUGCCACGCAGCCUCUAACCCACCCACACGGUACUCUUGGCUUAUCAAUGGGAGGCCCCAGCCGUCCACACAGGAGCUCUUUAUCCCCAACCUCACUGCGAAUGAUAGUGGAGCCUAUACCUGCGUCGCCUCUAACUCUGGCACUCGCCUCAAUAAGACCACAGUCCAGACUAUCACAGUUUCUGAGCCAGUGUCCAAGCCCUUUCUCCAUGCCAGCAACACCACAGUCACAGAAGAUAAGGACUCUGUGGUCCUGACCUGCUCCACAAAUAAUCCUGGGGUCUCCAUCCAGUGGUUCUUCAAUGGCCAGAGUCUGAAGCUCAUGGAGAGGCUGAUGCUGUCGCAGGACAACAGCACCCUCACCAUACGCCCUGUCAGGAGGGAGGAUGCUGGGAAUUACGAGUGUGAGGUCUCCAACCCGGUCAGUUCCAGCAAAAGUGAUCCCAUCAGGCUGGAUGUGAGCUAUGGAAGAAGCACCACAGGUCUCCCUGUGGGGUCCAUCGUUGGCAUCGCAGUUGCGGUCCUGGUCGGACAGGCACUAUAGUUCCGCCCUGGAGUGUCUCCUGCUCCACACAGUUUUUUCAGAGUUCCACAGAAUUUUAAAGAUAGAUCAUCACAAAACCAUACAAAUUCAUCCGUAGAAUAGAGAGGGAAUAUCCCCCCAACUCAUUCCAAGGUUAGCAUAACCUUUAUAUUGAAAUAGGAAUAACAACAAAAGUACUAAAAGAGGAAAUAUCAGGCCAAUCAUAUUCAUGAACAGAGAGGCAAAAAUGCUAAACAAGGUAUUCUCAAACCAAAUCCAACAGUAUAUAGAAUCAGACAGUACACUGUGACUAAGUUUUGAUUGUCCCAGCAAAGCAAAGGUGAUUCAACGUUAGAAAUUUAUAAAUGGGGGGCACCUGGGUGGCUCAGUCGGUUAAGGAGCCGGCUCUUGCUUUCGGCUCAGGUCAUGAUUUCAGGGUCCUGGGAUUGAUCCCCAUGUCGGGCCCGAGCUCAGAGGGGAGUCUGCCUGAGGAUUUCUCUCCCUCUCCCUCUCCCACUGCCCCUCCCCUCUGUCAAAUAAAUAAAUAAAUCUUUAACCAAAAGAAAUUUAUACAUGGAAGAGGGCAGCCACUUGUAGGGUGCCAGCAAUGUUCUGUUUCCUGAUCUAGCUGCCAAAUACACGGGUGUGUUCAAUUUUUGAAAAUUCAGUAAGCAAAACACUUCAUUCCAUAACAGUCCCCCUACUGUCUCAAUUUGUUUCGUGAUAUGGACUCUUCGAAAAGACCAGAGCAGACAUGUUGUCUUGUAGAACACCGACACUCUUCCUUUGUUUCCUAUGGUGUCAUUUCACUUGCUUCUCUAAACCCUGUAUUUCCUACAG